GUGUGUGUGGCUGCUGUGGCGCUCUUCGUCCCAGGUACAAGAGGCUGGUGGACAAUAUCUUCCCUGAAGAUCCUGAGGAUGGUCUGGUGAAAACCAACAUGGAGAAACUGACCUUCUAUGCCCUCUCGGCUCCAGAAAAGCUGGAUCGAAUUGGUGCCUACCUCUCAGAGAGGCUCAUCCGAGAUGUGGGUCGCCAUAGAUAUGGGUAUGUCUGUAUCGCCAUGGAGGCGCUGGACCAGCUGCUCAUGGCCUGCCACUGCCAGAGCAUCAACCUCUUCGUGGAAAGCUUCCUUAAAAUGGUGGCCAAGCUGCUGGAGUCGGAGAAGCCGAACCUGCAGAUCCUCGGUACCAACUCGUUUGUGAAGUUCGCCAACAUUGAAGAGGACACCCCCUCCUAUCAUCGAAGCUAUGACUUCUUUGUGUCCCGAUUCAGUGAAAUGUGCCACUCAAGCCACGAUGACUUGGAAAUCAAGACUAAAAUCCGGAUGUCAGGCAUCAAAGGCCUGCAGGGGGUAGUGAGGAAGACAGUGAAUGAUGAGCUGCAGGCCAACAUCUGGGACCCACAGCACAUGGACAAGAUCGUCCCGUCGCUGCUUUUCAAUCUGCAGCACGUGGAGGAGGCAGAGAGCCGGUCUCCCUCGCCCCUCCAAGCACCAGAGAAGGAAAAGGAGAACCCGGCAGAGCUGGCUGAAAGGUGCCUGAGAGAGCUGCUGGGCCGGGCAGCCUUCGGCAAUAUCAAGAACGCUAUCAAGCCUGUCCUUAUCCACCUGGAUAACCAUUCUCUUUGGGAGCCCAAGGUGUUUGCCACCCGUUGCUUUAAAAUCAUCAUGUACUCAAUUCAGCAGCUCCUGAGCCACCUGGACGCCAACAGCCGCAGCGCGGCGACAGUGCGCGCCGGCAUCGUGGAAGUCCUAUCGGAAGCUGCAGUUAUCGCUGCCACCGGCUCUGUCGGGCCCACGGUUCUGGAGAUGUUCAAUACCCUGCUGCGGCAGCUGCGACUCAGCAUCGACUACGCGCUAACCGGGAGCUACGACGGCGCUGUGAGCCUGGGCACCAAGAUCAUCAAGGAGCAUGAGGAGCGCAUGUUCCAGGAGGCGGUCAUCAAAACCAUCGGCUCCUUUGCCAGCACACUGCCGACCUACCAGCGCUCAGAGGUGAUCCUCUUCAUCAUGAGCAAAGUCCCGCUGCCUUCCCUGCAUCACCCCGUAGAGACCGGACGGACAGGGGAGAACAGGAACCGGCUGACCCAGAUCAUGUUGCUGAAGUCCCUCCUUCAGGUAUCCACGGGUUUCCAGUGCAACAACAUGAUGUCAGCCCUCCCCAGCAACUUCCUGGACCGCCUUCUCUCCACUGCCCUCAUGGAGGAUGCAGAAAUCCGCCUCUUCGUCCUAGAGAUCCUCAUCAGUUUCAUUGAUCGUCAUGGCAACCGCCACAAAUUCUCUACCAUCAGCACCCUUGGUGACAUCUCAGUCCUGAAGCUGAAAGUGGACAAGUGCUCCCGGCAGGACACUGUCUUCAUGAAGAAGCACUCCCAGCAGCUAUACAGACACAUCUACCUGAGCUGUAAGGAGGAGACAAACAUCCAGAAGCACUAUGAGGCCCUCUACGGCUUGCUGGCCCUCAUCAGCAUUGAGCUGGCCAAUGAGGAGGUGGUGGUGGACCUCAUCCGACUGGUGCUGGCUGUUCAGGAUGUGGCCCAGGUCAACGAAGAGAAUUUGCCUGCCUAUAACCGCUGUGCUCUCUACGCUCUGGGUGCAGCCUACCUGAACCUCAUCAGCCAGCUCACAACAGUGCCUGCCUUCUGUCAGCACAUCCACGAGGUAAUAGAGACCAGGAAGAAAGAGGCACCAUACAUGCUUCCUGAGGAUGUGUUUGUGGAAAAGCCGAGGCUGGCUCAGAAUCUGGACGGUGUGGUGAUCGAGUUUCUCUUCCGCCAGAGCAAAAUCAGCGAAGUCCUCGGAGGCAGCGGCUACAAUGCGGACAGGCUCUGCCUGCCCUACAUCCCUCAGCUGACAGAUGAAGAUCGCUUGUCCAAGAGGAAGAGCAUUGGAGAAACCAUUUCCCUUCAGGUAGAGGUGGAAUCCAGGAACAGCCCAGAGAAAGAGGAGCGAGUUCCUGCAGAAGAGAUCACCUAUGAGACACUGAAGAAGGCCAUUGUGGACAGUGUGGCAGUUGAGGAACAGGAGCGUGAGCGACGGCGACAGGUGGUAGAGAAAUUCCAGAAGGCACCCUUUGAGGAGAUUGCAGCCCACUGUGGGGCCCGGGCCUCCUUACUGCAGAGCAAACUCAACCAGAUCUUUGAAAUCACCAUCCGCCCCCCUCCAAGCCCUUCGGGAACCAUCAGUGCAGCGUACGGCCAGCCGCAGAACCACUCCAUCCCCGUCUAUGAGAUGAAGUUUCCCGACCUAUGCGUAUACUGAAUUCCAAGAGACAGAACUCCUUAGAGGACACAGUCUGCAGGAGGACCGCCCUCCUGCUCACUCUCACCGUGUGGAAAUCUAGCUGGGAUAGCUAAGAACUCAACACCCUGGAAAAUGAGCAAAGGUGGAGCCUCUGGUCCUCUGUGGCCCUCCUGCCUCCUCCUCGUCUUCUGUGAGGAGGAUCCAGCCACCUGCCCUCUGGGCUAGCAAGCAUCUCACCUGUUUUCUCUUGUAUCAGCCAGGGACAGAGAAACACAAGGGUGUCUCCUGAGAAGCAGGAGACCUCCUGCUUCUGGGAAGCCUCCAUUGGGGAUGUGUCUUUGAGGGAGUGUCAGCCACUCCCAAAGAAAGGAGCCUGAUAUCAGCAUGGUUGAUCUGAGGAAAGCGUAGAUGGCACUUGGGGAAACUGAGGCAAUCCUCCCAUCCCCCACUCCCCACAUGAAGAAGUGACGGUGUGAGGGAGAGAGCUCGGAGGGGAUGUCUGCUCUCACCUCUUAAGUCUUUAGGGGGUCUUACCCAGCAUCCCAUUUCCUCUCUAGUGUCUGUGUUUCCUUUUCUACUAUUAAUGAGUGCUGAGAGCUCACUUCGGGAGCUGGGGCCAGAGACCCUGGAGGCAGCAUGGCUACCAGAAGAGCAACAGGCUGGGGAUGUUGAGGGGCUGGGUCUCCCAGACAGGGUGGCAACAUCAGCAAAGCACAAGUGUGGCAAGUCUGUCCUGGCUGCAUAGCAUCUCCUCACACUCUCUGUCUGAGGAAGCCUGUGGUGGAUCUUCUCUGGUUCUCUAUCUACUGGAUGUUUCCUGGGUGGUUAAGUUUGGUCCCUGAUGUCUUUGUUUCCACAGCCUCUGGGAUGAGUGAAAGCUGAGCAAACUAGCUGGUUCUAGACGGCUGAAGAGAGGGAGGAAGCACCAGGGUCCUGCGGCCUGUCCACGUCACUUCCCACGGAAGAUGCUGUCAGCGGUAGUUAGGGGUUGGGAGAGAGGCAGUUAAGCAAGUGGCACUUUAGAAAGAUUUAACAGCUAGGAUUGAAACAAUAUUUUCCCCUCUCUGGGCAAAGUCUGAGACACUGGGGACAAUUAGCCUUGCUUGUAGCUGAGGUAGAGGUGGUAGGAAUCACUUCGUCUUCCAUUUUCUCUGUGGGCCACGUACCUGUCCCCAUGUGACUCGUGUGUGCUGGGCGCAGCUGACCCAGGACUGUGCGGGUACAAAAAUGUCUAUUUGCUGUCCCCUUGGUUUGACCGUUUCCUGAUGCCCCUCUUGGUGCCCCUCUGCCUCCCAGAAUGCCUAGCAGUGGGAGUACUCCAUGGUCCAGGAUAGUCCUUUCUUUCCCUUCAAACUUCCCCAAAGUGUUCUGAGCUGCUUUUCUCUCAGGACCAACACUGCUCCAGAGAUUUAACUUCUUAGAAAAGGCGGGGGGGGGGGGGGGUGUGCUUCUGUUGACCUGCAGGAGCCAUUUCCAGGGUAUGGUUUUAGGUAGUGUGGCCUAGGGUCAUAAAGGAGCUAUUUCUGCUCAGGAGAGUUAGGCUUCUCAGGACCCUGCAGGGUGAGAGCCUGCUUGCUAGGACAGAGGGAACAUUUUCCAGAAUUAGGAGAACUGGAGUACGUGUACUUUCCGUUGCUUGUGUGGUAAAUAUCACAGACGGGGCCUGCCUGAGCCUUUCCCAUGGUCCCUGCACUGAGCUAUGGGUGCAUGGCCUGCAUGGACCACACCCCAACACCACCCACAUGGCUUUGGGGCUGUGUGGCUGCUGCUCAACCCAACUUUAUAAGCAAGGCCUUGGGUUUUUCCCUAAUACCUUUUCACUAAGAAGGCAACUUAGACACGAAGGCAAGUUAUCUUUUAGAGACUAAAGGAAUCUAAGCCUUGCGCUUAAAAACUGUCUUUCUUCUCUUGCUGGCCACAUCUUUUAUCCCAUGCUUGGCUUGAAUAGGAGUCCGUUAGUUUCUUUAUUGCUCCCCACUGACAUCAUCGCUGACCACCCCUGAGGUACCUUAAUCCUAGUUGUGGAUUGGGAGACACUUCCUUGGAGUCUUUUGAGAGCCAGCAUCAGAACCAGAUGCCGCUUGGAUACGUCUGUCUCUCUCCCUGGGGACAGAAGAAAAAGCCAGAGUUCAAUUCUGCAGACUCAAUGGCUGCUCAGUCUUCUCUGCCUUUCUUUUUCCUCAUACCAUGGCUGUGUGGCAGGGACAUGCUGCUUUUAGAGAGCCUGCCGCUUGUGUGCCCUCUUCUUGGUAGAAUUGAUUUAAAUUUACAUCCAGUAGGAUAGUGGUUUGCCUGUUAACAGGAAAUGGAAUCUGAUCUUGCCUCAGAGGCGGGAAGUUUAGAUGGUGAUUGCAGGAGAGUCUGUCCUUCCAUCACAAGGCUGGGGAGAGAGGCAAAAGCACAGUGGGUGGGAGCUAGGGGAGGAGCCUAGUGUCCAUUCUUGCCUUCUGAGCCUCUGGUGUCUGAUAGCACUGUCUUAGCCUUGUUCUGUUCUCCUUCCCUGUUGUAAACCAGGAUCAAAAGGAGCCAACAAACCUAUUAAGGCCAACCAGUCCCCACCCCCACCAUCAAAGCACCCAGGGCUCCAGCUUCAUAGGCAUGAGGGUGACACCCUGCUGACAGAAUCCAGUAGGCAGGAAUGUGUUUGUGGUUUAGAAGUUAACACAUUGAUCAUAAAGAGUAUAAAAAAUGGAUUAACAGAAAAUACCUGAUCCAGUAGCAGCUGCUGUUUACCCCGUGCCGAGCCUGUUUCUUGUUUUCUCCUUACCUCGAAGACUAAAAUAAAUGGUUUAAAUGUCCUCAUCGAAAAACCUAGACAUGUCCCCUGUCUGGCUCCCACCUGCACACAAAGCCAGACAACAUGGGCCUGGGACCAAGGACCCUGGUCAGAGCAGCCAUAGCCUGUAGGCUGCCUGUGCACAGGCUGUUCCUGGUCCACACGAUGCAGUUCCACUGGAUUGGGAUCUGAAAAAGCCCUAAGACUCUUGACUUCUUGAAAAGAAGCCCCAGACUUCUUGAGGGCCCCUGGGUCGCGGUGCCUGCCAGGUGUCCUUUGGCUGUCAUAGGCCUGUUAACCCAUUAUAGAGAAAGCUUCAAAGCCCUGUGUGGCUUAGCUAUGUUUGGGGCCUGGGGGAAAGGGAAGGCCUGAGCUGUGGGUCUUAACUUAGUGUUCAAAAGCAGACUCGGAGGUCAGGCAGGGGCAUAUUAGUCAGGCUGUACCUGCUUUCUUUGACCUUCUCUGGCAAGCAGACUGCAUCAAAGCGAGGGUUCUGGCCUCUGAAUCUGGAGUAAAGGUCAGGGAAAACGGUCAGGCUUCUAUGACCCUAUAACCCAAGCUGGGUCUAAUCUAAAGACUGCAGAAGAGGAAUCAUGGGAGGCCCUGUUCUUGAUUCUGGCUACUCGGAGAGUGAUAAGGAAAAGUCGUGGGUAGCAGGAAAGACAUCAUGGCCCUGUUGACCGCCCUUUGGCACCAGCCUGGUUUCUUCAGAGAGCAUGGGAAUCUCGUGAGCCUAACACUUGCCCAUUUUGAACUCUUACUGAUUGGAGUCUGGCACAUAGAGUAUGGAAGUGCACAGCCAUAGAUGCUGCAGCCCACCUAUCUCAGCGUGUCUGGGAUUUUUUUAGACCUUCAUGACCUGGCUGAGUGUGUGUGUGAGUGUGCGUGUGUGUCUAUGUCCAUGCAUGUGUGUAAUGUAGUUGUAGUUGCCAACACUGUGUAUAUAAUGACUGAUGUAUUUAUAUGUGAGUACAGAAUUGGCACCUGUGGCAGUUUUCUGUAUUUUGAACUUGUUGGAUCCAAUUAGUUUUCCUUCCAGGGUAUUGGAGGGACUAUUCCAAAGUCAUUCUUUAGAACUGACUUUUAGUGGAUGAUGCCCUUUUCAAAUAAAUGUUAAUGUUGUCACCAUAUGGCUGUCUAUUUGAAUUCUUAAAAGAAAAUAGCUUUUUUUUUUUCUUUUUUGGAUAAAAACAGAAACUGAAAAAUAGCAGUGGUGUACCAUUGGCAUUUCGACACCCCCCCCCCCACACCCUUGCUUUAUACCCAACUCUAAUGAAGAAGGGAGGGGGAGGACAUUACAGAUGUGGAAACCUGAAGGGAGGAUUCCCAGCAAGGGAUCAUCCCCAGGAGGGCCCAGGCCAUUCCUCCUUCCAGCUCAUUUCCCACAACCCACAUUAGUGAGAACUUAAUCGGGUUUCUGACUCCCUUUCACAGCAGGACUUCCAGGGCUCACCGCGUCCUUGUAAACGCCUCUCAGAUAUAAGGGCUUUUGUAUAAAUACACAAGUACCAGGCUUUGCUGUGUGUGGCCCAUGGAUGUCUAAUCAAAGGGUGUGUGUGCCUCCCCUGUAAACCUGACUGCAGAAGUGUGACACACACACACACACACACACCUCAGCACUGUGAAAACUCCACAAGGAGACAGAAGCAACACAACACAGGCCUGCAGAGCUUGGAGUUUCUCUUAGGUGAGGGGACAAAACAGACACACAGCAAAUCACUUGUCCUCCUGGCCAGUGAUGCCUUCCAGCACAGAGGGAGCGGACUACAGGAGCCCUGUGUAUAAACAGGGCCACAGGUCGAGAGCAUGACUGGCCUGGUAGAGGUGGUCUUGAACCUAGGUUUGCAUUGAAAAAAAAAACAGCAAAGAUUCUGAAGGUGACAUUGGGGGUGGGGUCCAGGUAUGAAGAACUGAAGAGUAGCAGUGAAACCAAGAGACAUGAAGCAGGACCUUAAUCCCAGGAAACAUGAGCUAAAGGCCUGGUAGGAGAAUGGACAUGAUUGACAUGUUCAUCUCUAUAUGUACAUGUGUGUAGAUUUACAUAUAUAGUUUUCUAUUCAUGUUCAUGCUCAAUAUACUUUGCCCCAAAAGCUUGCAACUGAUGGGAAAUUGGGAUGUAGAGAAAACUGUUGUCGGGUGGGCCAAGGACCAAGGAACUAACAAGCUCUUUUUAAAUACAUGCAACAGUGAAUAAUUUGCAUGGGCAGGAAAUCAACUGGAGGCCAGUUGGUUAAUGCACUGGAGUAGUGAGAAUGAAGCACUGGGAGAGAGCUGGGAAGACACAGCAAGGUGGGAAACCAAUGCCCUCAAGGUUUGGGCCUGAGGGACAGUGCGUUUAUCUCUAUGGUGGGUAAGAGCGUGUGUGUGGAGAGAAUAUAUGAAUAACCAAAUCGGAACAGCUACUGACUCUCAGUUCUCACGUUUUCCUGAUAAAAUAAUGGAAUCUCUGUUUUCCUUUUAUCCUCCAGGGAGCCCUUACACCAAGAAUGAAGAGACAGAUAACUAAAUCAUGGGAGGGUUCAGGGACCUGCCUGAGAUUGGAGCAAAGACUCAACAUAGCUAGGAGUGUCCCUGUGUCCUGGAACUUCCUGAGUGACUUCCCAGAUAUAUUCCCAGUGUGGAAUAGGCCCCAAUAGUGCCACCUGGCUUCUAGUGCCUAGGGUCAGUCACUCUUGUAGGACUUGGCUUAAGGGCCAAGCUAAGCAGACAUCCUAGAAGUGUUGGACAGAGAACCACCCUGAGCCAUCCAAACUAUCUAGUCCCCCACCAAGAGUAUUUGCUGGGGGAAGGGGGUUGAGAUGUUUUCUUGACACUCUUAUCUGGUCACAUGGCAGUGUAAUUGGACGGUUGUGUAUUUUGACUUUAUUCACGCAGUUAUAUUGAAGAUCAGAGCCGGCUGUGAAGUCUGAAAGGUUUUAUUUCCUAACUACAGGUAACUCUAAGAGGCUGGAGGUCAGGUGCUCUCGCCCAUGCAGGGAGGGGGCCUUGGAGUGAGAAGACCCCUGCACCCUCACUGGCCCUUCUUGUGCGCGUUCUUGAUGAUGGCGUUCUUGAAGAGCGUCACCAGGGGCGUCUGGCUCUUCUCGGAGGUCAUGAAGCCGCCGUAGCGCUUGUCCUUGGGCGGGUUGCCCCAGCGGAAGUGCUCCACCCGAUAGGGCCCGUCGGCCUUCUCGGUAUCCGGCUCCAGGACGUGCUCCAAGCCAUCAGGCUGCUCGCCUUCCAGCUCCCUCUUGAACUCUAGGGGAAAGGCCUCGGCCGACUCGUUCUCGGCGACAUUGGGGUACACCUUCACAGGGCGCCGCUUCUUGCCCACCGGCUUGCCCCAGCGGAAGUGCUCCAUGGAGUAGGAGCGCUUGCCCUCCCGUGGACUUGGCUCCGGACGGCCAUCUCCCCCCGCCGUCUCUUCCUCCGCACGCCUCUGCGCUGAGCCGCCAGCACUGCUGCUGUUUCUGGGGCCGAAGCGGUCCCAGCGGAAGUGACCC